GUAGCAACCUAUAGCCAUGGCAGCUUCUUCUUGAAGGAUUAUGUGUUUAUAGAAACUCAAAGUAGACUCCAUUUAUACCUCUUCUUGUUUGAUGUGAUAAGGCUCUUACUUCAAUAAUUCAAUCACUCCAUCCUUAUAACUAUUUGUUUUGCUCUAAUCUUCUGAAUCCUUGAAAAUGGAGGAAAACCUUCCUCCUGGAUUCAGAUUCCAUCCAACAGACGAAGAGCUGAUUUCAUGUUAUCUUACUCCCAAGGUUUCCAAUAUCAACUUUACAUCAAAAGCUAUUGUGGAUGUUGAUCUCAAAAAGUGUGAACCUUGGGACCUCCCAGGAAAAGCAUCAAUGGGGGAGAAACAAUGGUAUUUCUUUAACUUGAGAGAUAGAAAGUAUCCAACGGGACUUCGGACGAAUCGAGCCACAGAAGCUGGUUAUUGGAAAACAACAGGGAAAGACAAGGAGAUAUAUAGAGCUGAAGUUCUGGUGGGAAUGAAGAAAACCCUUGUCUUCUACAAGGGUAGAGCUCCCAAGGGUGAGAAGAGUAAUUGGGUUAUGCAUGAAUACAGACUAGACAACAAGCAUCCUUUCAAGCCCUCUAAGGAGGAAUGGGUAGUUUGCAGGGUAUUUCAAAAGAGUGCAGCAGUGAAGAAACCACAGCAACAAACUACAUCCUCUCAGUCACCAUCUCCUGCAUCUCCAUGUGACACCAACUCCAUAGUCAAUGAAUUCGGAGAUAUUGAGUUACUUCCCAACUCCUCAGCCAAUAAUUUCACUAACAAUAAUGGCUUGAACAUGAACAUGAACAUGAACUUAUGGAGUAAUUAUGUGGCAAGAGAAGCAGCAUCAGCAUCAGCAGCAACUGCUACUCUUCCAUCUCUUUCAUGGCCUCCUCAUCAUAGCUUGCUGAGCUCGAACUUGUCGAUGAAUUCGUUGCUUUUGAAGGCACUGCAGCUCAGGAAUAGUACUACUUAUCAAGCUAACAAUGCAAGUAGUAGUGAUUAUUACUCAUUUAUGCAGCAAGGGAUGUCUCAAUUUGGGAAUUUGCAAGCUUCUUCUUCUUCUUCUUCAAAGGCUUUAGAGUUGCCACAGCAACAACAACAGCAGCAGCAGGAGCAACCAUUCAACUUGGACUCCAUUUGGUGAAAGCUGUAAUUAAUUAAAGUCUGAUCAAUUAAACUAACUUGGGUUAAAUACUUUGUAUUAUGCAUAAUAGUAAUAAUAAUAAUAAUAAUGUUGUAACAUUAUAUAGUUCAAAAUUGAAGAUUUUAGUGCUCAAGAGCUACUAGCGAGUGUUUAAAAUUAGUAAGUUGUUAUGUUAAAUGUCUAAAAGGGGAAAUCCCCAGUUCUUCA